ACAUCACUGAUGUGUAAUAAGAACCUUACAUAUUUUUUUGAGAUUCAUGAAACUUUUAUUAAUAACUGUUAGCUUGCAGCAAUGUUGAUUAACGAGGCUUUUCAGAGACAAUUAUCUACCAUUGUCGAGGUAUUAGUUGCAGCGGCAGUUGCGGAGAUGGGCAGACUCCUCGAUGAGUGCUCUGCUUUUGUUAUGCCUCUAAAGUUGGUCCAGCAGAAUGAGGAAAGUAUUUUGCUGAAGAGUAGGCUUCAACGUGUGAACAAAACCAAGACGAGACAAUUUUCAUCAUUCAUGAAGAUGUUGGGUAAAACAUCAUUGGAAAAAAUGGCCAUGUUAAUGAAGGUAAUCAUGGUCGAAAGGGAGAGGACUGCCAAGGGCAUGAGCGCCCAGAGGCGUGUCAGUCGGGCAAGGGGGACAGAGGAAGGAGCACCAAGAGGAGACAGUCUUCAUUUCCACAACUACUGCACUGACACUGUCUCUGAGAGUGCUCACCAAGAGGAGGAUGACUUUAACCCCCAGACCUCACCUGCCUCAGAGACGCAAGACAACCAGAGAAACAUGGAGCCAAACUCAGGCAGGAAUGGAGAAGAUGCCCAGUGUGGAGGGGAACCUACUGGAGAUGUGGUAUUGCUCUCUGAAUUUGAUCAUCAAGAGGAAGUUCACCUUAAUCCCCAGCUCUCACCUUCAUCAGACCCAGAGAAACAACAUGGCAAACCCUCAAACAUGGAGCCAAACCCAGGCAGGAUUGGAGAAGCUGUCCAGAAUGGUGAUGUCCAGAAUGGUGAUUCUUCAAAUACAGACCAAAAUCCAGAUGCAAGUGAUGCCACCGGAGCAGUGAAGAGGCCAUUCAUUUGUGACGUUUGUGGAAAGUGUUUCGAUUGGAGAUGCACGCUUAAAGCCCACCGUAAUCAUCACACCAAACCCUUUAGCUGCCCACAGUGUGGGAAAUGUUUUGGUACGAAGACUGGGUGUAAUAAUCACCUCUUGGCGGUACAUUCUAAAGACAAGUCCUUCAAAUGCACAGAUUGUGGGAAGAAGUUUGCUUUGAGAAAAGGUUUCGUCAAACACAGGGAUUUCAACCCAACUCUGCAUACCUGCACAACAUGUGAAAAAUCGUUCUGUGGGGAACGUGCGCUAAAACGGCACAACUUCAGUGAUCACCCGGAAAAGGCAUACAUCUGCUCUUUGUGUCCAAAAACCUUUCGGUCAUGGCCGAUAUGGAAACGUCAUAAGGCAGAGCACUCGGGAGAAGAAGUAUUGCUGUGAAACCUGUGGCAAGCUUUUCUGUUCAUCUUCAUCCUUAGCCAGUCAUCAGAGAACAACUCAUAGAGCAAAGGCUUAUAGCUGUGAUGUAUGUACUAAAGGUUUCAGGGAUGUAACCAAUUUCCAAAAACAUAUGACCUCCCACAUUAGAAAAGGCCAUGUUAGUCUAGAAAAAGCUUUUGCCUGUAGUGUAUGUGACAAAUGUUUCUCAUGUGCACGCACUUGGCGAUCAUCUGACCAUCCAUAUCGGAGUAAAAUGUUUUGGUUGUAGC